GGAAUAAAGACACCUAGGGGCGCUCCAUACAUGAUGAAGGUGUAUCUUGUGUAUGUGUUCAUCUUAAAUUGGUCCUUGGAAUAAAGACACCUAGGGGCGCUCCAUACAUGAUGAAGGUGUAUCUUGUGUACGUGUUCAGUCUCCUCUGGUUGUCAGCUGUUGAGAGCCACUCUGAGAGCAGUAGCCAUACCAACAACUGGGCUGUGCUUGUGUGCUCCUCUCGGUAUUGGUUCAACUACCGUCAUGUAGCCAACGUGCUCUCCAUGUAUCGCAGUGUCAAACGUCUGGGCAUCCCGGACAGUAACAUAAUUAUGAUGCUGGCUGAUGACAUGGCCUGCAACCCUCGAAACCCAAGACCAGCGACGGUGUUCAACAAUGCCAACCAGCAGAUCAAUGUGUAUGGAGAUGAGGUGGAGGUGGACUACAGAGGCUACGAGGUCACAGUGGAGAACUUCCUUCGAGUGCUCACUGGCAGACUGGACGCCAGCAUACCACGAUCAAAACGUCUCCUUAGCGACGAUCGAAGUAACAUACUCGUGUACAUGACAGGUCACGGAGGGGACGGUUUUCUCAAGUUCCAGGACUCGGAGGAGAUCUCAAACUUCGAGCUGGGAGACGCGUUUGAGCAGAUGUGGCAGAAGCGACGUUACAACGAGUUAUUGUUUCUUAUUGACACCUGUCAAGCUGGCAGCAUGUUGAGGACCUUCUACUCCCCCAACAUUGUGGGCUGUGGAAGCAGCGCCGUCAAUGAAGACUCACUCUCGCAUCACAUGGACAGCAGUAUUGGAGUGCACGUGAUAGACAGGUGGACGUACUACGCUCUGGAGUUUCUGGAGAGAGUCAACUCUGGCAGUAAAUCCACUCUCAAACAGUUUUUCGACUCGUUUGACCCCAGUCUAGUUCGCUCCACACCUCAAGUUCGGACCGAUCUCUUUCGGAGGCCUCUCAACAAAGUCCUGGUGACAGAUUUCUUUGGUAGUGUUCGGAGUAUCGAGUUACAGAACACCUCACUGGGUGAAGAGGAGACGGAUGUUCCCCCGGCUAGUGGGCGUGGCUCUGAUAAUGAGUGGGCGGGACACGACACACCUGUGUACAUGAUGAGCCCUAGAGAUGUACUGGCUAACGUGCCAGACCGUGUGGGGUCAGAGUUCAGCAAGUUCAACUAUCAACAGGCGCUAGGAACCUUGUUAUUAGUAUUAGUAACCGUAGCAACUGUUGUAGGAACGUACAAUCUAAUUUCAGUCUAGAGUUCUUUGCUAUAAUAAUUCAUAAUUCAUAAAAUCACAAUUAAAUGUAUUUCAUUAAAAAAUUA